CUGGAGGCAGGGGAGAGCUGUGAGUGAGACAAAUCAACCCUGUGACAGCGGAAAAACUAGAGUUUUAUAAGAAGCAAAUACUGUACAGAGACUGAAAGGGAAACUGUACGAUGUCCUUAAAGCCACGGGUGGUGGAUUUUGACGAGACAUGGAACAAGCUAUUGACGACAAUCAAGGCUGUGGUGAUGCUCGACUACGUGGAGCGAGCCACGUGGAAUGACAGGUUCUCGGACAUCUAUGCCUUGUGUGUUGCUUAUCCAGAGCCUUUGGGUGAGAGACUUUACACAGAAACUAAGGUGUUCCUCGAGAAUCAUGUACGGCAGUUGUAUAAGAAAGUCCUGGAAUCCGAGGAAAAGGUUUUAGUGAUGUACAACAGAUACUGGGAUGAGUACAGUAAAGGAGCUGAUUACAUGGACUGCUUGUACAGGUAUCUCAACACUCAGUUCAUUAAGAAGAACAAACUCACAGAAGCAGACCUACAGUACGGCUACGGGGGAGUUGACAUGAAUGAGCCACUCAUGGAGAUCGGAGAGUUGGCGCUUGACGUGUGGAGGAAGUUGAUUAGCGAGCCGCUGCAGGCUGUCCUUAUCCGGAUGUUGCUCUUGGAAAUCAAAAAUGACCGCUGUGGCGAGAACCUAAACCAGAAGGUAAUCCACGGGGUCAUUAACUCCUUUGUUCAUGUUGAACAAUACAAGAAAAAGUUUCCACUAAAGUUUUACCAGGAAAUCUUUGAAGGGCCGUUUCUGACUAAAACAGGGGAGUACUACAAACAGGAAGCAUCCAAUCUACUGCAGGAAUCCAACUGCUCGCAGUAUAUGCAGAAGGUUUUAGCACGGUUGCAAGAAGAAGGAAUGCGAUGUCGAAAGUACCUGCACCCCAGCUCCUACGCCAAAGUCAUCCAUGAAUGCCAGCAGAGGAUGGUGGCAGAUCACUUGCAGUUCCUUCACGGGGAGUGUCAGAACAUCAUUCGACAGGAGAGGAGAGAGGACAUGGCUAUCAUGUACACCCUGCUGCGGGCUGUGUCCAAUGGGCUGCCUCAUAUGAUCCAGGAGCUGCAGGUUCACAUUCACAACGAGGGCAUCAGAGGCACCAGUAACCUCUCCUUGGAAAAUAUGCCAACCCUUUUUGUGGAGUCGGUGUUGGAGGUCCACAGUAAAUUUGUUCAGCUCAUUAACACAGUUUUGAACAGAGAUCAGCACUUCAUGAGUGCACUGGAUAAGGCUUUGACGUCGGUGGUGAACUUCAGGGAGCCCAAGUCCAUCUGCAAAACCCCUGAACUUCUGGCGAGAUACUGCGACAAUCUGCUGAAGAAAUCGGCAAAGGGAAUGACGGAGAACGAGGUUGAAGACAAACUGACCAGUUUCAUCACAGUGUUCAAAUACAUUGACGACAAGGACAUCUUUCAGAAGUUUUACGCCAGAAUGCUAGCGAAACGGUUAAUACAAGGUCUAUCAUUGUCCAUGGACUCAGAAGAAGCCAUGAUUAACAAACUAAAGCAAGCAUGUGGCUACGAGUUCACAAGCAAACUCCACAGAAUGUACACAGACAUGAGUGUGAGCGCCGACCUCAACAACAAGUUCAACAAUUUCAUCAAGACACAGGAGACGGUGGUCGACCUCGGCAUCAGUUUCCAGAUUUAUGUAUUACAGGCUGGAGCGUGGCCUCUCACACACGCCCCCUCCUCUCCGUUUGCCAUCCCACAAGAACUAGAGAAGAGCGUACAGAUGUUCGAGUUGUUCUAUAAUCAGCACUUCAGCGGCAGGAAGUUGACCUGGCUGCACUAUCUCUGCACAGGUGAGGUGAAAAUGAACUACCUCUCCAAGCCAUAUGUUGCCAUGGUGACCACCUACCAAAUGGCCGUGCUGUUGGCCUUCAACAACAGCCAAAUAGUGAGCUACAAGGAGCUGCAGGACAGCACGCAGAUGAACGAGAAGGAGCUACAGAAGACCAUCAAGUCUCUGUUGGACGUCAAGAUGCUCAAUCACGAGUUGCAAAAGGAGGAGAUUGAAGCAGAGUCCACGUUUUCACUAAAUAUGGGUUUCACCAGUAAAAGGACAAAGUUCAAGAUCACUACAUCAAUGCAGAAAGACACACCACAGGAAAUGGAGCAGACGAGGAGCGCCGUAGACGAGGACCGAAAAAUGUAUUUACAAGCUGCUAUCGUGAGAAUCAUGAAAGCUCGCAAAGUGCUCCGACACAACGCACUCAUCCAGGAGGUGAUCAAUCAGUCCAAAGCCAGAUUUAACCCUAGCAUCAGCAUGAUCAAGAAGUGCAUCGAGGUUCUAAUCGACAAGCAGUACAUCGAGAGGAGCCAGACGUCGGCAGACGAGUACAGCUACGUUGCAUAAACGGAUUUGGGUUGAGUCCUGAAAACGCCUCCACACAAACACUCAUCUGUGUGACAGACCAGUAAACAGAGGUUUAAGUCAUGAAACUAAAGAAAAAAAGACCCAAACAGUACAGGUUUAUUUAGUCAUUUAAAG